UAAAAAAUCACGAUACGCACCGCACCUAUCUCUAUCUAUUGCUGGCGUUUGUAAUUUGUAUUCGUAGAAGCAGUACUUUUCGACGUGUAUUUUUAAUAAAUUAGUGUAAUUACCUAUUGAAAAUAUGAGGAAAGUAAUAUUUUUGUGUUUAUUAUCGCUGUCUCUGUGCCUCGGCAAACCUGCUGAUAAUCAAGGUGCACCUGGUGUUCCAUCCCCACCACCAGCUCCCUUACCAUCACAGCCUCCAGUCCCAGUUAGUUCCAAUGUGCCUGUAGACCCUAAUGCGGCUAAAAUCACUGCUCCUAUUCCAGUUCCCAUUAUUGUUCCAGUACCCGGCCCAACGCCCAAUCCCAAUCCACAGGUGAAAUCCGAACAAGCUGCUAGUCCAGCUGCACAAGCACCUGCAAAACCUGUAGAUCCCGCUCCCGCGAAACCUGUUGCGCCUGCGCCAGUCCCGACCACAGAUAAUAAUAUAACUACAGAAAAGAAAGUCGAAAUCCCCCCUCAGGGCAAGCCUCAAGAAGCCCCAGCGAACAAAACAGAGGAAGUACCCAAAACUCCCAUUCCAGUACCUACUGAGAAACCUAGUGAGCCCACAAAACCUACUGUUGCACCAAAGGACGAUGCUGCAGUUCAUCCCAUUGAAGCACGAUCAGGAUUUGAUGGUCCUAGUUUCAUUGGAGGCAUCAUAUUGACUUUGGGACUACUUGCUAUCGGCUUCAUGGGCUUCAAGUACUACAAAAAUCAAACUGAGAGAAACUACCACACUCUCUAAGUUUAAUGAUAUAUUUUUAAGUGCACCAAGCUAUUUUAAGUUUGUUUAAUAUAUUGUAACCUUGGGUUAUAAUGUAUUUGCUGCAAUGUUGUUAGAGCAUUGUUUUUUUCUUUUUCAUUUUAAACAUAUUUAAGUAACUAUAAAUUAUAUAUAACAUUACAUUUUAGUUAAUGAGUCUUAUAUUUUUGUUUUCUGAUUCUAUGAGGGAAAGUUUAAAGAAUCAACUUCAUUGCAGCAAAACAAUACUCAAUUUUUAUAUCUGGAUGAGAUUUGAUUAAGUUUUAUUAGUUAAUUUUAAGUGCACUUUUUAAUACGUCAAAAAAUCUAUAACAGGGUUUUAUUGCGUGUAGAUAAAUUUCUUACGUAAAGAUUGUGUAAUAUUAUGGUGGCUGGUUAUUAUUUUUAUAACAUGUCCGAAUUUAUAUACUAGAUCUGUAUGAGCCACUAAUCUGUAGUUUAGUUUUAUGUUACAUUGAUAAUUUGGCAUUUAAUUUUAAUUUUUCUUCUAAACAUUAACUUUAAAAAAAAUGUGUGUAUAUAUGUGAGCACUUGUGAUCUAAAACAGUAAUCUUUUCUAAGAUCUGAAAAUUUGCUAAACUGAUAUUCUAUAAUAUUGUGUGUUGAAUUUAUAAUAGAGUUUUAAAAUUUAUAAAUAUAUUAUAUUAUAUAAAUGUUGAGUAUUUCGAGUGCAACUAAGCCUUAGGCAAUUUUAUUCUUGUAUUAUUCUGUGCCAUCCGCUCCUCAACCACAAAUUGUUUGUUUCACGUCUUUUUCCAAAAUUUGCCUAAGUAAUUACUGCACUAACAUGUAUAUAGGUGUAAGUUUAUAACUAAGUCGAAAAUGUGAUUACGAAAAUGAGGGUCUAAAAAUGUAAUCUAACCAAGGUUAGAUUAGAACAUUCUGUUCAGAAUCUCUGUAUUUCUCACAAAUAUUUGUCUAGCUUUUUUAUUGAGUCUCAAAUAAAUCAGUAAUUGCGCCAAACUAUCCUGUCAAAUUAUUUACCCUUGUUUUAUACUGACAAAAGUUGAUUCCAUCCUAAAGUGCUCUUAAAUCUGAACUAUUUAUAAUAGAUUACUCGGACAUCACUCAUGUCACAUUCAAUAUUUGUGUUUAAUAAAUGUUUAAACAAUAA